AUGACACAGGAGCAGUAUAUUUUGGCCGCACAGCCAAAUAAUCUUCAGAGACCUGGAGGCGCUCCAGUUUAUCCUGUGGGAAUAUAUGGGUGGAGAAAAAGAUGUUUAUACUUCUUUGUACUUCUGCUUUUGGUCAUAAUGAUUGUAAACUUGGCAUUAACAAUAUGGAUUCUAAAAGUUAUGAAUUUCACAGUGGAUGGAAUGGGCAACCUUAGAGUAAACAAACAGGGAAUAAGGCUGGAGGGCAUAUCUGAGUUUCUUCUUCCACUGUAUGUUAAAGAAAUACAGUCAAGAAAGGACAGUCCACUGAUCUUGCAGUCUGACAGAAAUGUGACUGUGAAUGCAAGAAAUGAGCUCGGGCAGCUCACUGGACAACUUAUAGUUGGUUCUCAGGCUGUUGAAGCACAAUGCCAGCGGUUUGAAGUGCUCUCUAAUGCUGGUGGGAAGGUGCUCUUUUCUGCUGAUAAAGACGAGGUCAGCAUCGGUGCAGGGAAAUUAAGGGUGACAGGCACAGAAGGAGCUGUGUUUGGUCAUUCAAUAGAAACUCCUUAUAUCCGAGCAGGACCUUCUCAAGAUCUCAAGCUUGAAUCUCCAACACGGACCCUUACAAUGGAGGCUCCAAAGGGGGUUGAAAUUAAUGCUGAUGCAGGGGACUUCAAGGCAACCUGUCGAAAAGAGCUGCAGCUUGAGUCCACAGAGGGAGAGAUAUUUUUAAAUGCAAACACAAUCCGAUUAGGCAAUCUUCCACAUGGCACCUUUGCUGCUUCCUCGCCUGGUUCAACGGGUCCGAAACAGACUGUCUACGAGCUGUGUGUCUGCCCAAAUGGAAAACUAUACCUUUCUCCAGCAGGGGCAUCUUCCACCUGCCAGGACACCAGCAAUGUAUGUUUGUGGAGCUGAAAGCAGACUCAACCUUACACCAGAAAAGCCUUUAUUACUGUUCUCGCAGUUCUGGUUUGCUCCCCUUAACUGAAAAUCAAGAAUUGCAAAAGACUUCCAAAGCCAAUCCAGACUGUGCAGAAAUAAAAAAUAAAAAAGUUGCCUUUUUUAAUAAAGCUACUAAUAAACACAGAGAAGGAGAAACACGAGACAGAGACAAGACACAUUCUGCACAUGGAGCGCUUGGGAUGUAAUAUAUUUUCUAAACAGAAAAAUACACAGGUGCCUUUGCUACUGUCAGUAAAGCACAUCAUUUCCAACCUUAAGAAGACCUGGAUAUUCUCCACCUCAGAAACUUUU